ACGUCAGUGUCUUCCCUUCCCGCCUGAAACAGAAACUGAGGUAGAAGAGCUAUCGACCUGUUAGCUACAUACAUUGCACAAUGGAUGACCUUUACUUGGAUAAUAUUGAUGAAUUUGUCAACGACCAGAAUAAAAUCGUGACCUACAAAUGGCUGAGUCUCACCCUUGGGGUCCAUGUCAACCUAGCCAAACAAAUGCUCUACCAUUACUUGGAUCAAAAGAGGAAAGAAGGCUCUGCUCGGCUCCAUGCUACCUACCUUGUGUCUGGCAAGUUUGUUGAGAAUGGUACCACGAGUCACAAGGUGUCAGUAGUGCGAGAGGAUCAGCUGGAGGAUGCGAAGUCAAAGAUGAGCCUGAUGGUCAGCGUACACGUGUACAGUGUUCAGAAGGCUGUGCUGAAAGACAGUGGUCCUCUGUACAGUGCUGAUUAUGACGCUGUGAAAGAGAAUCUAAGAAAUUGCAGCAGGUACAGUGCAAUACGUUGUGCUGAUGCGGUGCCUAGGUCCUCGGCAGAGGUGCAGCAGGCCUGUGAGACGACACAGGCCCCACCACCAGAGACGGAGCAAAUCAAAGCAAACCAUUCUAAUCUGGCCUCUAAACCCACCCCCAAGCAGCCCAAAGGCAUUAUGGGAAUGUUUGCAACCAAGAAUGUCUCCCAGAAUCAAGAUUCGAGCAAAGAGAUUAAAUUGGAGCAGAAAGAGGAUGCACCUGUGGUUGCGACCUCCAAAACUAAACCUGCUGCGAAGACACAUCCUGUGAGUAACUUCUUUGCGAAACAAGCAGCCAAAAAACCUGACAAAUCCAUCAAGGAAGAGGUAGAAAUAGCCCAGACAUCCUCCUCAGUGGAUGAGAAGCCCUCAAGUCCACCUCCUAAAGCAGAGACUCCUGUCAAGGAGGAACUAGCAAAGGAUGCUGUGGUUGAGAAAGAUAUUAGAAGUAAGACCAAGCGUCUUGAACAUUCGGAUAGUGAAGAGGAGAAGAACGAUAGUCAGAGGAAGAAGAGACGGAGGAUAAAGAAGCCCGAGCCAGACAGUAGUGACGAUGAGGUUAUUCCAGACUCUCCUCCACAGUUGCAAGAAAAGAGGGACCCAUCACCAAGUCCUGAGAUUCAAGUAAAGAAAGAACCAGUUGCUGUUUCACAUUCAGAUGAGCUUUCAGCUUGUAAACGAAGGAAGAGGAGACGUGUCUUGAAAUCGAGCACAUUUGUGGAUGACGAAGGAUGCAUUGUGACUGAGAAAGGCUAUGAGAGUGAAUCCUACUCAGAGACUGAGGAUGACUUUAAGACCAGUAAACCAACUCCAAAGAAUCCAAAACCGUCAACUGGCAAAAAAGAGGAGAAGAAAAGUAAGAAAGCUGCUGCGGCCUGUAAUAAAUCUACUAAGCAGGCUUCCAUUAUGGGAUUCUUCCAGAAGAAAUGACAUACUCAUGUUGUUACGCUGAACACUGAUAAGGAGCUUGAGGCCCAAGUGAAGAGAAUCUAGACUGACACGUUUUCAAAUGCUCAAGAGGAUGGCUGGAUGUUCCAUCAUUUGGCAACAUUUGGUGGAAUGCUGUACUACUCUUUUUUUUUUUUCCCCUCUUUUUUUUAUCACACUUUUCAAUCAAUUUCCACUUUACUGUAUAUGAUUGAAUAAAUAUAUACACUUGCAUUGUGAAGUACCAUCAGAGCUAAUUUAUCAUUGCAGCAUUUAUAUUUGUUUUUUACGUUUAGUUACAAUUCUGCAAGUAUUGAAGGGUUCAUGCUGUGGUGAACCAGUACAAAACAAACAUGUUAUGAUGCUAUUUUUGCUGGUAGAACAUGUUCUUCAAUGUUUGAACGUGUAUAUCCAUUAAAUCUAUUUUCAUA